UGCCCCAUCAUUGGUGUCAGUGGGGGGAGGAAUAGUGCCCCAUCCUUUGUGUCAGUGGGGGGAGGAAUAGUGCCCCAUCCUUGGUGUCAGUGGGGGGGAGGAAUAGUGCCCCAUCCUUGGUGUCAGUGGGGGGAGGAAUUGUGCCCCAUCGUUGGUGUCAGUGGGGGGAGGAAU